AUGUGUACACUGGAGAAGAGAGGUAACAUAUUCAUAUUAACAAUAACCGGCGACCAUGAGCACCGGUUGAACCCGACCCUGAUCGACAACAUCCGGGCUGCUCUCCACCGGGUUAAGUCCGAAUACAACGGGUCCUCCUCUUCCGCCCUCAUUACCACGGCGCAAGGCAAGUUCUUCUCCAACGGAUACGAUCUCGAAUGGGCCAAAUCCGACCGGUCCCGGAUGCUACUCAUGGACUCAAAGCUCCGAAAUUUGGUAUCGGAUCUGAUCGACUUACCCAUGCCCACCAUCGCCGCCGUGACGGGCCACGCCUCAGCCGCCGGGUUUAUCGUCGCCAUGGCCCACGAUUACAUCUUAAUGCGAAAGGAUCGUGGGUUUCUGUACAUGAGUGAGCUGGAUAUUGGGCUUAUAGUCCCGGCUUGGUUUUUCGCUUUGUUGAAGUGUAAGGCGAGAUCGCCGGCGGCUCGGCGGGAGGUGGUUAUGAAAGCGGCUAAGAUAACGGCGGAGAAGGGAAUUGAGGCGGGAAUUGUUGACUCGGCGCACGUUAGCGCGGAGGAGACGGUUAAAGCAGCGGUGAAAUUAGGGGAAGAGCUGAUGAUGAGGAAAUGGGACGGAGAGGUUUACCGGGACAAUAGGAGAGUCGUGUUGGCGGAGGUUCUGGCGGCGCUUCCUGCCGGCGGGGAAGAUGAUAAACAUCAAGCUGAUUUGGUGGUCAAAACUUUGUCAAAGCUUUGA